AUGGCAGACUCGAUAGACCGGGUGUUUGUUCAUGCCCUCAACACCGUCAAAAAGAUUCCCAAAACGGGCGCUGCCCGCCCACCUCCCGGUGACCGCAUGCGACUCUAUGGGCUUUACAAGCAAGCCAUGGAAGGCGACGUUGACGGGGUGAUGGAGCGGCCCAGCGCCGCGACAGCCUACGGGGCUGCGCCCGAAGACAUUGCGCGCGAGCAGGACAAGUGGGACGCGUGGAACUCACAAAAAGGGCUGUCCCGCACCGAGGCUAAGCGGCGCUACGUCGAGGCGCUGAUCGAGACGAUGCAUCGGUAUGCCAACAAUACGCCCAACGCGCUCGAACUGGUCGCCGAGCUCGAGUUUGUGUGGAAUCAGGUCAAGAGUAAUAGCCCCAGCGAGCAGUCGCUUGCUGGUGGUGGGCUUCAGCAGCAGCAGCAACAACAACAACAACAUCAACCGUAUAAUAAUGGAGGAAACGGAGGCAGUUAUGGGUAUGGCAGUGUUGGUCCAUACGGCCAAAGCCCAGGAGCUGGUGUGAGAAGGUUUCAGCACCCGCUGAGCGGGACAGAAGGGGGCUUGAGGGUGUUGAGCCCCAUGAGUGAGGAAGACGAGUCGGAGAGAAGGAUGAGGGAGGAGGCAGAACAGGAACUCUUUGGGGCCGAUGAGUUUCCGGGCGAGUAUGCAAAGCGUAACGACAAACGAACCAAGAGGAUGGAGAGAGCGAUCGUGAGGCUGUCGGCCGAGAUCGCGGCGCUGAGGGAGCAAAUUUCGUCGGGAAGGGAGUGGAAGACGCGCAAGGAAAAGAGCUUCACUAACUGGAUUGGAUGGUGGUUUUGGGUGCUCGUGAAACACUUUAUCAUUGACCUGUUCAUCCUGGUGGUGCUGCUGCUCUGGAUGCGCAAGAGAAAGGACAGGAGGCUGGAGGAUUAUGUGAGAGGAACAUUGAAGCUGGCGAGGGAAUAUGCAAGGUUGGUCUUACCAUCCCGGUGA